UGAUUUGGUACUUGGUCGAGGGGGAAUUUGAGCGCGUUGACGUUGAAAUGUGCGAACCAUCGCUUGUAUGAAUCUUGUGUAGGAGAGAACGACAAAUGGCACUGGCAUAAUAUACUUAAGGGAAAAAGUCUUCUUGCCUGUUGUAAACCAGAGCCUCAAAGAUGGAGAUCAUGAAAAAACUAAAUGGACAGAGUUUAGAUUGUAAUCAUUGCAACUUCCAUGCCAACAGCUCUGAAAGUAUCCAAAUACAUAUGGGAACUAUACAUCCAGAAUACUGUGACGAGAUGGACACAGGGGGGUUGGGAAAGCUGGUGUUUUAUCAGAAAAGUGCAAAAUUGUUUCACUGCCAUAGAUGCUUUUUUACAAGCAAAAACUUUUGCAAUGUUUAUUAUCACAUUUUAGCUGCUCAUGGAGCACCUGAAAAAUGGGAAGCUGAAGAAAAAAAAGAUAUAAAGGUGAAAUCUGAAGAACCUGCAUCAGUAAUAAAUACUGAAAGACCACAUGCUUUAGAGACAAGUGAAGACGAAGGCUCUACAAAUGAACAGGAAGAAAAAGUAAGUGAAGCUAUAAAGCCUGAGGAGAAUGAUACUCUUACUUCUUGGCCUGAAAAAGUUACAAAUGAAGAUAAUCAAGAGAGCUUUAACAGUGAAUUUAAAGUCAACAGUCUAGGAAAGGCAAGUUGUGCGUCUCCAGAGGUUAAGGACAAGGAAACAAGUAGUGAGCAAGAGCUGUCACAGUCUAGUAGCAAUAUCAGUAAAGUUAGCAAACAGAGUUCUCCUCAAAUAAAGGAGACUUUGGAUUUUUCUGACAAUGAGGCUACAUCAUCACACUCAAAAGAUAUUCCAGAGUUUUCAGAUGAUGAAGAUACUCCUGCAUUACUUCCUGGUGGCUUACCUCAUUUUUCAGAAGAUGAUGAGCCUGUAACAAAGCAAAAGGAUCACGAAGAAUCCUCUGAAGAAGUGGUACGUGAUGAGUCUAGGGGAAUAGAGGACAUUUCUGAAGAUGAGGAUAUGCCGGUAGAGAAAAAAACUACAGGGGAUGUGUCUGAAGAUGAUGUUCCUGGGCAUCCAAAAGAAUCAGAUUCUUCAGAUGAAGAUGAGAUCUCUGCUCCUGUUAAAGAAAUAAUGGAUUUCUCUGAAGAAGAGGAUAUGCCAACUCUGUCCAAGGAUACCAUGGAGUUUUCAGAAGAAGAGGAGGAACCACCGACAACUGUCUCUAAAAAUAUUAUGGAAUUUUCAGAAGAGGAGGAAACCACAAACCUAUCUAAGAAUAUCAUGGAAUUUUCUGAUGAAGAGGAAACCCCAGCAUUAUCAAAAGACAUUAUGGAGUUUUCAGAAGAUGAAGAUGAUACCCCUGUAAUGCCUAAGAGCAUAAUGGAGUUUUCUGAAGAUGAGGAUACUUCACCACAGGUGAAGGAUAUGCCAAAGUGUUUAGAAGGCAAUUCAACUCCAACUCAGACAAAGGACAGUUUUGAUUUUACAGAUGAUGUAGACACAUCUGCUUUAAAAGAUUCAUCAGUAUCAGAUGAUGAAGACAGUCCUUUUGGUCCUAAGGAUACAGAAAUCACACACAGUGAAAACACCCCAACACGUUUUAAAGGUGUUUUACCCUUUUCAGAAGAUGAUGCUACCCCAUCUUGGUCUAAAGAUUUAAAAGAUGAUGUUUCUACCUCUCUACAAGAAGCACUAGAUGCUUCCGAUGAUAAGGAAGGGUUUACUAAGGAUGAGGAAAUAAUGAAAUAUGUUCGCCGUGUAAAAGGAAGAUAUUACUGUACAUUGUGCGAGUGUCGUCCUUUAAAAAAGGGACCUGUAUUGCACCAUUUAAUUACAAGACAUAAUCUCCCAAGCCCUUUUGUGUGCAAAACAUGUGGAAAGACUUUUAUAAUGGAAACUCAUCUGAAACACCAUUAUGUGUCCCACAACAAAGGUUUAUAUAAAUGUAACCGCUGCUCUUUUCAAACAGAUCAUCCUAGAGGGUUUAAAAAACAUCAAACGCAUUGUCAACGCUGUCAUAAAGAUGAGGAUGUGAGCAACCCAGUCUGGGACUUCCAUGACUCAAACGAUGAAGAAAAUUGAGGCUUUUAGAAUACAUGUGGAUUCUAGUUGUUUGUUGGGGCUCGCAAAUUGAAAAUGUAAAUACAGAUUAGUUCAUUUUAACUGGUGACCCAUAUGUUAAAAUAUAUACUGUUUAUUUUGUUUUUUA